AACUGGGUCCCAGCGCCGCUGUGCCUGCGGCUGCCUCAGCGAAGGCUCCCGCCUCCCCACCCCCCUUCCCGGGGCUCCUUCCCGCCCGCCGCCGUGGAGACCCAGACCGAGGGUGAGGAGGACGGUGGAGCCGGGCCGAGACCGCUCCCCUGACCCCGCCGCUGGAGCAUCGUCCGGAGGGAUUGGCCCAGGGCGAGACCCGCAGCCCAAGCGCGGCGCGCACACGCGCGCCCCGCGCCACCGCCGUCCUCUCCUUCCACCCUCCCUCCCUCCCCUCCCUUGACCUCCCCUCCGCCCCCCAGCCUCCGCUGCGGCUGGAGGAAGAACGCUUUCCGACCAGCUAGGGGAGCCCGUAUCGUUUCCCAUUCGAGGAAAAAGAAGAGACCCCGCGCUCGGAACAGACCGGCCGCUCGCCCCGGGGCCUCGGAAGUGGCUCGCCGCCUGCGGGAGAGCCCGCGCCCAGCUCAGCCUCCCGAACCUCACCCGGCCGCUGCGGCGUAGACAGCGCUCCCCAGCGGGCCCCCGGCCCCGCCAAGCCCACUCCCCGCGCGGGGCCCGGGCCGGCGAUGCCUGGCACGGCAGCGGCGGUGGCCACGGCUGCUGCUGGUGCUGCCACUGCUGCCACGGCUGCUGGCCCGGGCCCGGGCCGGGGGCUCCAGGCUCCGCAGUGGGGCUGAGCCCGCAGCCCCGCCCCCCGAGCCUGAAGCCGCUUCUCCGCGGGGCGCCGGGCCUCCUCCGCCCGCGCCUCCGCCCCAGGAGCUGGAGCCAAGCGGGGAGCCCGGGCCCCGCGCCCAGGCCCGGACCAUGCAUGGCCACCGAGUCCCGGGGGGCGCCGGGCCUUCUGAACCUGAACACCCGAGCGCGAACCCCCCCGGCGCCGCUCCACCGGCCUAUGCUGACUCGGACCCUGGAGUCUUGGAUCCCGGACUGUGGGUGCCCAGGGGCUCAGGCUCGGCUCUCGGCGGCCCCCUGGAUCCCCAGCUUUCUGGACCCUCAGACGCCAUCCUGGGCGCUGCUCCAGGCCCGCGGGUCUUGCCCUGUGGCCCCAGUCCACAGCACCACCGGGCCCUGCGCUUCUCCUACCACCUGGAGGGCUCGCAGCCCCGGCCUGGGAUGCACCAGGGAAAUCGGAUCCUGGUUAAAAGUUUAUCCCUUGACCCUGGCCAGAGCCUUGAGCCUCAUCCAGAAGGUCCCCAGCGGCUUCGCUCAGACCCCGGGCCCCCCACUGAAACCCCCAGCCAGCGGCCUUCGCCACUGAAGCGGGCACCAGGCCCAAAGCCACAGGUCCCCCCGAAGCCCAGCUACCUGCAGAAUCCCCGGAUGCCCCCUCCACCUGAGCCCAUCCCCCCUCCACCAUCACGACCACUGCCUGCAGACCCUCGAGUGGCCAAGGGCCUAGCCCCCAGGGCAGAAGUCAGCCCCAGUUCUGCAGCAGUAUCCUCACUGAUUGAGAAAUUUGAAAGAGAGCCUGUGAUUGUCGCCUCGGAUAGGCCAGCCCCUGGCCCCAGCCCAGGUCCCACAGAGCCAGCCAUGUUGCCACAGCCACCCCCGCAACCACCAGUGCCCCAGCUCCCUGAGGGUGAGGCGUCCCGCUGCCUGUUCCUGCUGGCUCCUGGGCCCCGGGACGGCGAGAAGGUGCCCAACCGAGACAGCGGAAUUGACAGCAUCAGCUCACCAUCCAACAGCGAGGAGACGUGCUUCGUCAGUGAUGACGGGCCCCCCAGCCACAGCCUCUGCCCCGGGCCCCCUGCCCUGGCCAGUGUCCCUGUUGCUUUGGCUGACCCCCACCGGCCCAGCUCCCAGGAGGUUGAUAGUGACCUGGAGGAGGAAGACGACGAGGAGGAGGAUGAGAAGGACAGAGAAAUCCCAGUGCCCCCGAUGGAGAGACAGGAGUCUGUGGAGUUGACCGUGCAGCAGAAGGUGUUCCACAUUGCCAAUGAGCUCCUGCAAACUGAGAAGGCCUAUGUUUCCAGGCUCCAUCUCCUGGAUCAGGUGUUCUGUGCCCGGCUGCUGGAAGAAGCUCGGAACCGCAGUUCUUUCCCGGCCGACGUUGUCCACGGCAUCUUCUCUAACAUCUGCUCCAUCUAUUGCUUCCACCAGCAGUUCCUGCUGCCUGAGUUAGAGAAGCGCAUGGAAGAAUGGGACCGCUACCCACGCAUCGGAGACAUCCUCCAAAAGCUGGCACCCUUCCUCAAGAUGUAUGGCGAGUAUGUGAAGAACUUUGACCGGGCCGUGGAGCUGGUCAACACCUGGACAGAGAGGUCCACCCAGUUUAAAGUGAUCAUCCAUGAGGUGCAGAAGGAGGAAGCCUGUGGCAACCUGACAUUGCAACACCACAUGCUGGAGCCCGUGCAGCGCAUCCCCCGCUACGAGCUGCUUCUCAAGGACUAUCUCUUAAAGCUGCCCCAUGGCUCCCCAGACAGCAAGGACGCCCAAAAGUCUCUGGAGCUGAUAGCCACCGCAGCAGAGCACUCCAACGCUGCCAUCCGAAAAAUGGAGCGAAUGCACAAGCUGCUGAAAGUAUAUGAGCUGCUAGGGGGUGAGGAAGACAUUGUCAGCCCCACUAAAGAACUCAUAAAAGAAGGCCACAUCCUUAAGCUGUCAGCGAAGAAUGGGACCACUCAAGACCGAUACCUCAUAUUAUUCAAUGACCGCCUCCUUUACUGCGUGCCCAGGCUGCGGCUCCUUGGCCAGAAGUUUAGCGUGCGGGCACGCAUUGAUGUAGAUGGCAUGGAGCUCAAGGAAAGCUCCAACCUCAAUCUGCCUCGGACCUUCCUGGUGUCAGGAAAGCAGCGUUCCCUGGAGCUCCAGGCCAGGACUGAGGAGGAGAAGAAAGACUGGGUCCAGGCCAUCAACUCCACCCUCCUGAAGCAUGAACAGACGCUGGAGACCUUCAAACUGUUGAACUCAACAAACAGGGAAGAUGAAGACACACCCCCUCACUCUCCAAACGUGGAUCUUGGGAAACGGGCACCUACACCCAUCCGAGAAAAGGAAGUUACCAUGUGCAUGCGCUGCCAGGAGCCCUUCAAUUCCAUCACCAAGCGCAGGCACCACUGCAAGGCCUGCGGGCAUGUGGUUUGUGGGAAGUGCUCUGAAUUCCGGGCCCGCCUCAUCUAUGACAACAACCGCUCCAACCGUGUGUGCACUGACUGCUACGUGGCCUUGCACGGGGUUCCUGGGAGCAGCCCAGCCUGCAGCCAGCAUACACCCCAGCGCCGGAGGUCCAUCCUGGAGAAACAGGCGUCGGUGGCUGCGGAGAACAGCAUCAUCUGCAGCUUCCUGCACUACAUGGAGAAGGGUGGGAAAGGCUGGCACAAGGCAUGGUUUGUGGUCCCUGAGAAUGAACCCUUGGUGCUGUACAUCUAUGGAGCCCCUCAGGAUGUAAAAGCCCAACGCAGCCUGCCCCUCAUUGGCUUUGAAGUGGGGCCUCCUGAGGCAGGGGAGCGGCCUGACAGACGCCACGUGUUCAAGAUCACCCAAAGCCACCUGAGCUGGUACUUCAGCCCUGAGACAGAGGAGCUGCAGCAGCGCUGGAUGGCCGUGCUUGGCCGGGCAGGCCGUGGGGACACGUUCUGCCCAGGGCCCACACUGUCUGAGGACAGGGAGGUGGAGGCGGCACCGGUGGCAGCUUCAGGAGCCACUGCUGGAGCCUCCGAAGCCCCCCAGACCCGAGACAAGACCUAGAGGGUUUGGGGGGAACUGGGGCCCCCUGCCCCACACUAGCUGCCCAUGUCCAAUUGGGGGCCCCAACCCCCUCCCUCCCAGCUCAGUCAAUACUUGAAUUCCCAUCAUGGGCACUUUCAAUCCAGAAUGCUGGGUCUUGGGUUUUUUUAAUUCAUCUUUUCACAAAAUGUGGGCUUUUAAAAGAAAUAUUCCUACAGUGAUGUUAAUUUUUUUUAAUCCCUGUCCCCAGGGAGGGUGGGAGCUGUUACUAGACCUGCCUGAAUUAGGCCAUUCCCCCCCACCCCCGAUCCCCUCAAUAUCCUACAGAGCCUGCCUCCACCCAAUUCCCCCAAAGCACCAGAGGCAGGAGACCUGGGUUCGAGUGCCAGCUCUGUCACUGGCCCACCCCUGCCCCCUCAACCAGUGUCUUCACAUGUAUGAUGCUACAUGGGGUGGUGCCCAGACCCCUCCUGCCUUCCCAUGGCUUACAGCUUCUACCCAGUCCCAAGGCUACCCAAUAUUUUAUCGUCCAGACCCAUGGCAGGGCCACCGGGCAGGACAGGGGAAGGGGGGAGGGGGGGAGAACAAUGGAUACUCUGUUUCGUUUUGUUUUUAAAGAAAAUACAGUUUAUUUCAGGCUUACAG